AUGCCUUACACCCUCCUAGUGAUUGGCACAGGUUGUGAUGCUCCAACGACCGCGGAGAAAGGUCACCGGAAAUCACGGAAAUCUUUAUCGAUUGGCGUCCAUCUGAGAGACUUAUCGAUGAUCUCUCCUAGUCCGUCCUCGUCCAGCCUCGAACGGAGCCGAUCCCAACAGAGCGUGAGCCGGAACCGGACGAUCUCGCCCUCGGCACGCAAGUCACUCGAGGCGGUCCGCUACGGAAGCUACUCGAUCUCGGGCUUGCCUCAGAUCUCUCCUAGUCCGUCCCAGUCCCGUUCCCAAGACGCAAUCGAAAUCAUUUCCUUAGCCGAUCAGGUGUCUUCUGAUACAUCCGCCACUCGACCUGAUGGCUUGGAUGCGGCCGAGUUCGUUAUCGCAGUUGAAAAGUGCAUCGACAGCGACAGCCGUCUCGUUCAAAAUUGCACCAAUGUUUACUUGAACGUUAGAAAGAUUCAGAUACUAAACCAGCGACCCACUGUUGUUGUAGCCAUUUGGGUUGACGAGAACCUUGGGAAUGGUAACUUUACAGCCCCGUUGAUCAAAGCGGUCUAUGGGUUUGUCUAUGGACUGUUGAUGAAUCCGGUUUGCGCGAUGAUUGCGAUGGGUUCUGAGGAUUCGGUGCGGGCUCAUCGGGAGGAACGGCAACAGGCGAGAUUCAAGAACCCGGAGAAGGAGGCCAUGAAGACGACGGCAGCGGAGCAAGUGGCGGCCGUUGAUCCUUCGAAAGCCAUGAGCCCUCCGGCCCAAGACGCCAAGCCUUCGAUGGCCCAGAUCUCAAACAACCCCCCUCAACGUGUCCAAAGUCUAAACUUAUCCUGGCCUCCUGGUCUACUGAUCGACGCUUUAAGUCUCAUCGAAGAAUCUAAGAGAAGGGCCGACGGAUUGAGCACUCAGCAAGAUGGCCAAGUCACUCGAUUUGUGAAGGAAUUAGCUGGAGGUCAGAAUUUGCAUAUUAAGUUCAGCUUAGACGAAGACGAAAACAACAUUUAA